GCCGCGAUUUUCCGAUAAACACACCGAUAAAAAAAUAUCAUCCAGAAAACAGCACGUACUAAUUACAGCUCUUUAGUGGCCAGUGGCUUGCCGGAGUGAGCUCGAUUUAGUCACGGAUCGAACGUCAUGCGACACGCGAUCUGGGUUCUCGCAGUGCUAGCAGGAGUGCUCGCACCCGUUCUCGGUGGCAUAGAGGACACCAUUCCGGCGAGUGUCCUUGAAGAUGCUAGGCUCACCACGGUACAACUCCUCGAGAAGUACAAGUACCCGGCUGAAGCUCACCAGGUGACCACCGAGGACAAGUAUGUCCUGACCCUUCAUCGCAUUCCCAGGCCCGGGGCAAAGCCAGUGUUAUUGGUUCAUGGCCUGCAGGACACCUCUGCCACUUGGAUUAUAAUGGGGCCACAUAGUGGCCUGGGCUACUAUCUCUACGACAACGGCUAUGACGUUUGGUUAGCCAACUGUCGGGGGAAUCGCUACUCCCGAAGCCAUGUCAAGCUGAAUCCAAAUACGGAUAAGGCCUAUUGGAGCUUCUCCUGGCACGAGAUUGGAAUGUACGAUCUGCCGGCCAUGAUCGAUGCUGUUUUGGCCAAAACUGGUUACCAGAAAUUGAGCUACUUUGGCCACUCCCAGGGUACCACCAGUUUCUUUGUGAUGGCAUCUAGCAGGCCGGAAUAUAAUGCCAAAAUCCAUCUGAUGAGUGCUCUGGCACCGGUGGCUUUUAUGCGGCACAUGAAGACACCGCUCAUCGGAAUCGCUCGCUUGGGAAUCGGGGUUUUCGGAGAGAACUUUGAGCUAUUUCCCAACUCACCUCUCUUCCUUAAUCAGUGCCUGCAGUCGGCUGGAAUUCUCAAGACCUGUGUGCGUUUCUACUGGCAGAUUGUGGGCAAGAAUCGGGAGGAACUCAAUAUGACCAUGUUUCCGGCGGCGCUGGGCCAUCUUCCUGGUGGCUGCAAUGUUAAGCAACCUGUCCACUAUCUCCAGCUGCAGUCCUCGGAUCGCUUCUGCCAAUUCGAUUACGAUGCCAAGGAGAACCACCGCAUCUAUGGACGACCCACUCCGCCGGACUAUCGCCUGGAGAAAAUCACGGCACCGGUGGCCUUGUAUUAUGGCAGCAAUGACUUCCUCUCCGCUGUGGAGGACGUCCAGCGGCUGGCCAAGCUGCUGCCCAAUGUCGUGGAGAACCAUUUGUAUCGCAAGUGGAAUCACAUGGACAUGCAUUGGGGCAUUAGCUCCCGGAGUACGGUCAUGCCUAGAAUCCUACAGGUAAUGCAGUAUUGGGAGUCGAGCGAAGGACACAAAGAUGUGACCACAGCAUCGCCGGUGGAAGAGGAAGUCACUCAACUGACCACAGAGGCUUCGAUGGAGGGAAAUCAGGAAAAUGCAGAGGUCACAGAUAGAGGGGAAGGUGCUAAGGUAGAGGAACAUACAGAGAGUAAUCAAGGAAAUGUGGAGCAAGAGGAUCAGUCAAGUCACUGAUUUUCCAGAAGCGAAGGGAUUAUAUUAUUGAACUUAUAUUCAUUUAAAUAACCUACUUUAUAGGAGAAUAUAUUAUCUUUAAAUAUAUCAACAGAGCAUCCCUUUA